CUCCGUCCAAUGCCUACCCGGAGCUGGGAGGAGGAGCCUGCGUAGUGUGCGUGUGAAGGGAGGAGGGAGCGGGCCCGGGCCAACGGUGUUUGACCCGUUUGUCGGUCGGUGAGUGGAAAGGAAGGGACCGAGGAGGUCCGGAGUAGCGGUGGCCGAAAUGUUCCGGUGUGGAGGCCUUGCGGCGGGUGCUCUGAAGCAGAAGCUGGGGCCCUUGCUGCGGACAGUGUGCGUCCGAAGCCCGAGACAGAGGAACCGGCUCCCAGGCAACUUGUUCGAGCGAUGGCAUGUUCCUCUAGAACUCCAGAUGACAAGACAAAUGGCUAGCUCUGGUGCAUCAGGGGGCAAAAUCGAUAAUUCUGUGUUAGUCCUUAUUGUGGGCUUAUCAACAAUAGGAGCUGGUGCAUACGUCUACAAGACUAUAAAAGAUGACCAAAAAAGAUAUAAUGAACGAAUAUCAGGGUUAGGGCUGACACCAGAAGAGAAACAGAAAAGGGCCAUAUCAUCUGCUCCAGAAGGAGAGCCAGUUCCUCAAGUCAGGGCACCAAGUCAUGUUCCUUUCCUGCUAAUUGGUGGAGGCACUGCUGCUUUUGCUGCAGCCAGAUCCAUCCGGGCUCGAGAUCCUGGGGCAAGGGUACUGAUUGUGUCUGAAGAUUCUGAGCUGCCAUACAUGAGACCUCCUCUUUCAAAAGAACUAUGGUUUUCAGAUGAUCCAAAUGUCACAAAGACACUGCGAUUCAGACAGUGGAAUGGAAAAGAGAGAAGCAUAUAUUUCCAGCCACCUUCUUUCUAUGUCUCUGCCCAGGACCUGCCUCACACUGAGAAUGGUGGUGUGGCUGUUCUCACUGGGAAGAAGGUAGUACAGUUGGAUGUGAGAGGCAACAUGGUGAAACUUAAUGAUGGCUCUAAAAUAACCUAUGAAAAGUGCUUGAUUGCAACUGGAGGCACUCCAAGAAAUCUGUCUGUCAUUGAUAGGGCUGGAGCAGAGGUGAAGUGUAGAACAACACUUUUCAGAAAGAUUGGAGAUUUUAGAGCCUUAGAGAAGAUUUCACGGGAAGUCAAGUCGAUUACGAUUAUCGGUGGGGGCUUCCUUGGUAGUGAACUGGCCUGUGCACUUGGCAGAAAGGCUCGAGCCUUGGGCACAGAAGUCAUUCAACUCUUCCCUGAGAAGGGAAAUAUGGGAAAGGUCCUCCCUGAAUACCUCAGCAACUGGACCAUGGAAAAAGUCAGACGAGAAGGGGUUCUGGUGAUGCCCAAUGCUAUUGUGCAAUCAGUUGGAGUCAGCAGUGGCAGGUUACUCAUCAAGCUGACAGAUGGCAGGAAGGUAGAAACUGACCACAUAGUAGCAGCUGUGGGCCUGGAGCCCAAUGUUGAGUUGGCCAAGACUGGUGGACUAGAAAUAGACUCAGAUUUUGGGGGCUUCCGGGUAAAUGCAGAGCUACAAGCACGCUCUAACAUCUGGGUGGCAGGAGAUGCUGCAUGCUUCUACGAUAUAAAGCUGGGUAGGAGGCGGGUAGAGCACCAUGAUCACGCUGUUGUGAGCGGAAGGUUGGCUGGAGAAAAUAUGACUGGAGCUGCUAAACCAUACUGGCAUCAGUCAAUGUUCUGGAGUGAUUUGGGCCCUGAUGUUGGCUAUGAAGCUAUUGGUCUUGUGGACAGUAGUUUGCCCACAGUUGGUGUUUUUGCAAAAGCAACUGCACAAGACAACCCAAAAUCUGCCACAGAGCAGUCAGGAACUGGUAUCCGAUCAGAGAGCGAAACAGAGUCUGAAGCCUCAGAAAUCACUAUCCCUGCGAGCACCCCUGCAGUUCCACAGGCCCCCGUUCCAGGGGAAGACUACGGCAAAGGUGUCAUCUUCUAUCUCAGGGACAGAGUGGUGGUGGGGAUCGUGCUAUGGAACGUCUUUAACCGAAUGCCAAUAGCAAGGAAGAUCAUCAAGGAUGGUGAACAACAUGAAGAUCUCAAUGAAGUAGCCAAACUAUUCAACAUUCAUGAGGACUGAAGCCCCACAAUAGACUAGGCAAGCACUUUACCAUCCCUGGCAGUGGGUUGGAUGGGUAAAGGAGCAUUUUAUAUUCAGCAAACUUUCUCUUGUGUAUGAACGUGAAUGAUCACGUCCUUUGUGAAUAUUUUCAACCAGGUAGGCGAAUUCAUGAAAUAAAAUUUGAUUCUUCUAAA